GUGGGGCACUGGAGGAGGAAUCUCAUUCUAGGGAUCCCUACUUGCCUAACGCUUUGCUUUGCCGUUGCAGCCUGGAGCAGCUGAUAUCGCCUGUGGCCUUCCCAGCCAACAGCAGCCUGGACCCAUGUGCAAAAGAGACUGUGCUGAAUGCCAUCAAGGAGAGCAGGAAAAGGGCUGUGGAAGAAGAGGAGGAGGAGGAGGACCAGGCUUUUGGGAAUGAUCAGGAGAGCAAGAGAAGGCGCCACGAUAGCAGUGGAAGUGGGCAGUCGGCGUUUGAGCCGCUGGUAGCCAACGGUGCCCCCGCCUCUCUCAUACCCAAGCCUGGCUCUCUGAAGAGGAGCCUUGUCUCUCAUUGCCCGGAUGACUGCUCAAACAAGAGGUCGCGCACCUCUUCCAUGAGCUCCCUCAACAAUACGUACGCUGGCGGGAUCCCCAGCUCCAUCCGCAAUGCCAUCGCCAGCUCCUACAGCUCCAGCCGGGGCCUCGCACAGCUGCGGAAGAGAAGCGGUGUCAGUGUGUCCCCGCUGUCCAGCCCAGCAUCCUCCCGUUCUCAGACGCCUGAGUGGCCUGUCAAGAAAGCCAGGGAGGAGGAGUUGCAUCGCUCCAACACUUCCACUCCAGUGAAAUCGGACAAGGAGCUGCAGAUAGAGAAAGCGGUAGAGACGCCGCUGCGGAAGAAGCAGAAUUCCCUGAGUUCGGCAUCAGCGUCGGGGAGCAGCGGAAAGCGCAAGCGGAAGAUCCAGUUGCUGUCGUCUCGCCAGGGGGACUAUCUGACGCUGCCCCCACCACCUCAGCUGGGCUACUCCAUCACGUCAGAGGACCUGGAUGCGGAGAAGAAGGCAGCGUUGCAGUGGUUCAACAAAGUCUUGGAGGAUAAGACCGAUGCGGUUCCCAGCACCACUGCAGAGACCACGCCUGUGUCCAGGCCGUUGGCGUUUGCCGUGACCUCCCCGGAGGCUACGCCUGCCUCAACAGCUCCUGCCCCAGCCAGCACCAACUCACUCCUGGACAGCCUGAAGAAGAUGCAGAGCAGCCAGGCUGUGCCCACACCAACAGACUCUGCUGGAGCUGCGGUAGUGUCCCAGCCUCCUUCAUCAGCUGCACAGCCUCCUGCCCCUGCUGUAUCGCUGGAGCCGAGUUCUCUGCCUGCCACCUCUGCUGACACCAAGCCUGUGCCCGUGCUGAACACGCCUGUCACUGCAGCCGCCCUGGUGUUGGGGGCACAGGCCCCCAGCAGCCUGACACCUUCUGCGUUCACGGAGCUGGGCCCGACCCCCAGCAAGCCUCCCUCCUUCCAGAAGCCGAGCAUCCUUUUCGGGAUGCUGAGCACCCCUCCUGCCAGCCAGACGCCCAUCUUUGGCAGCGUCAGUGCAGCUUCAUCUCCAGCAAAGGUCUCUCCUUUCGCCUUCAAACCAACCUCACAGCCGGCUUCAGCCACAGAUCUGCCAGCAGCCUCUACAACUACCCCGGCAGGAUUCGCAGGUCUCCCUAACGUCAUCUUCACCACCGCAGCUACGACUGCUGCUGCGCAGAGCUCCUCCACAGAUGCCACCAUUAAACCUGUCUUCAGCUUUGGACUCAACCCGCCCGCCUCUGCCAGCCCUGCCGCCAGCCUGACCGUCACCACUGCCACGUCCACCACUGCGUCGCAGCCUUUCCUGUUCGGGGGCCCGGCCAGCUCAGCUCCCAGCACAGAGACUGGCUUUGUCACCCCAGCGCCCGUAUUCCAGUUUGGGAAGCCACCUCCAGCCGCGGUCACUGCCACCACCAGUGUCCCGGGAGGCCCUGCCUUUGGCCAAGUAACUUCAAACUCAACGGCUCCUACCACCACGGUGGGCUUCAGCAUAUUUGGGGGCACCACGCUGACCUCUUCUACCCCAGCCACCACAGGCCAAGCGACGUUGACUUUUGGAGCCUCCACUCCCCAGUCGGCUGCUCAGCCGGCAUUCGGCAGCGGUGCUCAGCCAGCUUUUGGCACAACCAGCACCCAGAGCUCCUUCGGCACCAGCAGCACCCAGGUGGCGUUUGGCACCACCACGUCAGUCUUCUCUUUUGGGACAGCCACCUCCACCACGGCCAGCUUCGGUUCCACCACCCAGACCACAAGCGCCUUUGGGAUCGGCACGCCGGCCCUGAGCAGUGGCUCUCCUGCCGUGGCCUUCAACUUUGGGGCCGGGCAGAGCGUGGCAGCCCCGGCGGUGACGCCGUUCGGCUCUUCCCUGACGCAGAGCACACUGGGUGCACAGAACCAGAGCACACCCUUCGCCUUCACCGUGCCCAGCACGCCCAACAACAAGCCCGUGUUUGGAGGAUCUCCCGCACCCACCUUCGGGCAGAGCACACCCGUGCCGGGCACAGUGGGGAGCGGCAGUGGCAGCCUUUCCUUCGGGACACCCAGCACUCCUGCUUCGAGCUUCGGAGGAGUUGGCGCUUCCUUUGGUUCCUCCACCCCUGCCUUUUCCAUCGGGGCAGGAUCCAAGACGGGCGCUCGCCAGCGACUGCAGGCACGGAGGCAGCACACCCGCAAAAAGUAA